CUUAUUCAAGCAAAAAGAACUUUAAAUCCUCUCUCACUCUAUCGCAGACGUUAGGCACAUACACCGACCAACCUCCAUUUCUCUCGUUCCAGAAAUCAGUCUAGAAUGGCACACUAUACGCAUCAAUGUCAGUCACCCACUGAACACACCGCCACUCCUGAAGCAGUAGCUAGCAAAUUCAACCGUCCGGCGAUUGAUCUCAACCGUCCGGCUCAGGAUGAUCCGAUGGACAAUCAGAAUCUCAAUUCGUCUGUCUCCGAUUGCAAGAUUACCGUCUCUGCCGGUCAAUCUGGCACUCCUCCAUCACUGUUCAUCGGUGAUGGGUUGAUGGAACUCGGCGAGGGAGACAAGGACUGCCGGCUUAUCAAGGAGAGAUUCAUCUCGAGGCUAGCUGCACUUGGGGUGCAAGUCACCUUGGUGGCAAUCCACAAGAAUUGCUUCUCUAGUGUCUCGGCGAAAGGACGGGCCCAAGCGUUUCAAGUUUACUCACAGGCAGUGCAGAUUAAGGGCAGGGACAACAACGCCAAUGUGAAGUACGCAUGGUAUGCUACCUCGAAGGAAGAGGUACUCAAGAUCUUGUCCUACGGAUUUGGCUUCAGUGGCAAGGCUGAGAACCACGGCUUGUAUGGUUGUGGAGUUUAUUUUGGUCCUUACGAUCGUCCCCUCGAAAGCUAUGAUCGGGUAAAUUUGUAG